AUGACUAUUCGUUCGAUUAUUCCCCCGAAUGGCCUUCCAAAAUAUCGUAGCGAUCGAUAUGUUCCUAGAAACAGAGCCCAAGAGCGCCAUGUGAUAAGACAAAGAGGCAAUGCCCCUCUCGGAAGAAGCGACGGCUCUUCAGAUAUAAUCAAGCCGAAGGUCAUGAUUGUUGCAAUAUUCAGCCUCGAAGCCGACGUCUUCCUAAAUAACUACACCCCCACCCUCUACGGCCUCAACGUCACGGUCCCCGGUCUUUCCCCCCGUUAUCCAGAAGUAUACUGUACCACCACCGGAGAGGUUUGUCAUAUUACUACGGCAGAAGCAGAGAUUAAUGCAGCGGCUUCAAUGUCUGCGCUUGUAUAUUCUCGGAUGUUUGAUCUGAGUGAGACGUAUUUUUUUAUUGGGGGUAUUAGUGGGAUUAACCCGAAUUAUGGAACGACGGGGACGGUGACAUUUCCGAGGUUUGCGGUGCAGUUGGGGCUGCAGUAUGAGAUUGAUUCGGGACAGUUGCCGAGGGGUGGGGGGUUGGAUUUUGGGAGUGGGUUUUUUACGCAAAGAACAAAGGAGUUUAAGAAUAACAUCUAUCCGGGCGUAAUAUAUGGAACGGAGGUGUUUGGGUUGAAUGAAGCAUUAAGGAAGAGGGUCUUUUUAGCGACAACUGGUGUUAAGCUGGUUGAUACCGAGGCAGCGAGAUAUAGAAGACUAUACAGUAUACCAGCGGCGAGGACGCCCCCUGGUGUUACUUUGUGUGAUACCGGAACUUCUGAUACUUGGUGGACUGGAUCAGUACUUGCUGGGGUCUUUGGGAAUCUUACUGUCUUGCUUACCAAUGGAACUGGGGAGUAUUGUACAACUCAGCAAGAAGAUAACGCUACACUGGCAGUUCUAGUCCGCGCUGCGGCCGCUAACUUGGUGGAUUUUGCACGUGUUAUCAUUUUACGCACCGGAAGCGAUUUUGAUCGAGCACCGCCUGGUAUCGAUGAGUUAUACCAUCUUCUUCAAGCCCCACAGGGUGGAUUCGCUGGUGCUAUCGCAAAUAUCUAUGUUGCUGGUGUAAGAGUCGUCAAUGAUAUUGUUAGUCAUUGGGAUGAGGUGUAUAAAGCAGGGGUCAAACCGACCAAUUAUAUUGGGGAUAUACUGAAUACUCUUGGGAGCCCAUAUGGCCAUGCACCCGAUAUCGGUGUCGAGGACCAAUUCGUCGUCUUAGUCAGAUCCUAA